AUGAGUAACCCAUCAUUCGAAACUACUGCAAUCUUCCACGAAGGUAGCUCAGAGGCGGUUAUCUAUAUCCAUGGAGGUAUCUGGACAUCAACGAAUAAUACGCCUGAUGAUUUCUUAAAAUUAAGUGGAUACAUCAAGUUUGAAGCAAAAGAGUUGUCACAGUAUUCAAUUGAUUAUAGGCUCUCUCCGGAAGUUAUGCAUCCUACCCAUCUGCAAGACUGUCUUUCUAACAUAUAUAAGCUAGUGAAGGAAAAGCAUAUCUCCAAAUUACAUCUAGUGGGCCAUUCGGUAGGUGCUACCUUAUGUUGGCAACUUGUUACUGCUUCAGAUGACGACGAGCUCCAUAAUCAAACAUUCCUAGAUGCUCAUCAAUUGGCUGAAGUGCAAUCUAUUGUAAAAAAUGUGUUUCUAGUGAGUGGGAUAUAUUCUCUAAACGAGUUGAUUGAUGAAUAUCCAGCUUAUAAAUCUUAUGUUGAAGACGCCUUUGAAUCUAUAGACGAUUUUGAAGAUCCUAAGGUGGGUUACGAAAAGUUAUGGCCCUACGUUAGAUUGCAUCUCAUAUAUUCCUACAAAGAUGAAUUAGUUAGUAAAAGGCAGUCAAACUAUUUGAUGGAUAUCCUGCAAAUGAAUGGUAUCCCAUUCAGUGCCUACUUUGACAACCUGGGUCAACAUGACGACGUCUAUGAAUCCAAGAAACUUUCUAAAUAUAUUAUCAAGCAGUUACGAUAA